AUGCUCGCCCUCCAACCCUAUCACUUCUCUGAGGAAUGCCAUUUGGCAGUCCCCGCUUUCCAGUCGCCCCCGGUCAUCAUAUCUCUAGAGGACGCCUCGGAUUCUGCUUCAGAGCCCACAACUCCUCCCAGACGACACCGUCGACCGGCUGCAAAGUUCCACUGCACCGGUUAUGGAGAGUGCAAAAUGGUCUUCACCCGUAGUGAGCAUCUCGCGCGUCACAUUCGAAAACACACGGGCGAGCGCCCCUUCACUUGCCAUUGCGACAAGCAAUUCUCAAGACUCGAUAAUCUGCGUCAGCAUGUUCAGACGGUGCAUUCGGAUCCGGACGACAAGCCUCUCAACGAGCGCAUGAUGCGCAAUCUUUCUGCCAUCAAUGCAAGCAUUUUGGCCAGUGCUCGCGGCCGAAAGCCUCAAGGGUCGAGUCCAGAGCGACAAUCUAAGUCCCCUUCGCCUACUCGUGAUUCGCCGCCGCACGAAGAGAUCACCCUUGGGCCUGCUACAGAGUCAACGGAGGCCGCCCACUCCUCGUCGACCGUCUCAUUAUCUGCAAUCACACCGGCUACAUUCCCUUACAAGCUUGAGCUCGCGGAUGCCAAUGGAUCAGCUCACACUUUCUAUGCUAUUUAUGCGGGUCCCACCUCAGGCUCCGACUCCAAGUCGUUCCCUUUGCCCACUUCCCUGGCCAACCUCGGCGCCCUCCCGAAUCCUUUCGGGUCGGCGGUUGGGCAUAUUGAUCUUCCUGUCCCCCCAUCAACGGAUAAUGUUGCCGCAGGCAAUGGGGUGGAUUCGAUUGUCGCUGCGAUCCUGGCUCAGAUGCGCCAACCACAAGACGCACCGCCGGUUGAGCAAGACACGGCGAUUCUGAACGAGUUUUAUCGCACCGUUUGGGACUCGUCGUUGGAUGGACUAGCUCGCCAGGGGCUUGAUUACGAGCUGUCUCCAAGACCGGCGAGCUUCUCAUGUUCAAGCCCGCCGGAGAGUCCUUUGGAAUCUGGUCUCCCCGCACCAUAUGCCUACGGAGAUAUUUUGGCGGACACAUCAACCAUAUUCCCUUCAAUCCAAACCGACUACUUCGCAGACAGUCAGCACCUUAUGGAGCAGGUGGGCUAUGGAUUUGCCUGA